AUGGCUCCCUCCGACCGUCUCAAUCAGGUUAAUGAACACCUCAACUACCCAGCCGGCCUGCUGGCAGGCCAAGUAGCCAUCAUCACCGGCGCCGGCCAAGGCAUCGGCGCUGAAGCAGCACGAUUAUUCGCAAACGAAGGCGCCAAGGUCAUAGUUGCUGACAUCGACGCCAAGAAAGCCACCGCCGUCGCCGACGCAAUCAACUCCGCAAAGGCCGGCCGCGCCCUCGCCGUCGUAGGCGACAUCCUCGACAGCAACUACAUCACCGAACUGGUCAAGCAAGCCGCCGACUUCGGCAAUGGUAAAAUCCACAUCAUCGUAAACAACGCCGGAUACACAUGGGACGGCGUUAUCCACAAGAUGACAGACAAGCAAUGGGAUACCAUGCUAGCGGUCCACAACACGGCGCCGUUCCAGCUCGUUCGCGCCGCUGCGCCCUACUUCCGCGUGAAAGACAACGAGCCGCGCGUAGUGAUCAACAUCAGCAGCACCAGCGGCAUCCACGGCAAUGCAGGCCAGGCCAAUUACGCAGUCGCCAAAGCCGGCGUCGUUGGUCUGACCCGCACCAUCGCCAAAGAAUGGGGUCCAGCCUUCGGUGUGCGGUCGAAUACCAUAGCCUUCGGCUUCGUGACUACGCGUCUGACCGCCGCCAAGGAAGAUGGCGCUUUCAUUACAGCGCCUGAUGGGACAAAGGUUGCCCUGGGCAUUCCAGGCAAACAGCUUGCGACUAAGAUCGGCGAGCAGAAGGAGGAGGCUGUUACUUACCCUGAUAUUCCGCUCGGAAGACCGGCGACGCCUGUUGAGGCUGCUAGGGCGGUGUUGGGUGUUGCGUCGCCGUGGUUCUCGUAUGUUAAUGGGGAGACGAUUCGGGUUACUGGUGGGCGGAAUAUGUAG